CGCGGUGCAACGGAGGCCCAGACGCAGCAGCGGCAGCAGAGCAGGACAGGCUGAUUCCGCGGCAUGAGCGAAGGAAGGUCAGGCCAGGCACGCAUCAGGCAAGGGCCGCAAGGUGGAGCGAGAGGCGUCAGCAGAGCGGAGGUCGAGCGGAGGUCGAGCGUCGGGGCCGCCGGAGAGCGCAGCGCGCAGCGGUGGCCUCCGCCGGGCGCCUUAACAUGAAGGCAGCUUCGGCCAGAGCACGGCACCCACCACCACCUCUGCAACACCUCCAUGGCGCCUCAUCCGCUCUCCCUGGCGCUGGCCGCGCUGCUCGUCGCCUCGGCCGUGCAGGCCGCGCCGCAGCUCACGCCGACGUCGUACCUCUCCUAUGUGCCCGACCUGGCGGGCAACGCCGUCUUUGGCACCCUCUACGCCGCCGCCAGCAUCGCGCUGUGGGCGCACACGGUGCGCUGGCGCUCCUGGCAUGCCGUCGUGCUGCCCAUCGCCACGACAACCGAGGCGCUCGGCUGGUUCCUGCGCAUCCCGCUGCGCCAGGAGCAGAACCAGGACAAUCGCGGCCUCUACAUUGCCUACUAUCUCUUCCUGGUCCUCUCGCCCGCCGGCUUCCUGGCCUAUUGCUACAUCAUCUACGGACGACUCAUCAGCGCGGCUGACCCCGAGCUCAUCGGGCGCGCCGGGCUGAAGGCCAAGUCGCGCUACAGCUUCAUCCCGCCUCGGCUCGUGGCGCGCUUCUUCGUCAUCUCCGACAUCUGCACCUUCCUCAUUCAGGCUGCCGGCGGAGGCCUGCAGACCGGCGGCAACUACGACCAGACACAGCUCGGCAACAAGGUCUUCCUCGCCGGCGUCAGCGGCCAAGGCGCCUCGUACGUGCUCUUCACGCUGCUCACCAUCGUGGCGCACAUCCGUCUGUGCCGCGAGGAGCCUCGCUAUGCGCCGUGGCAUGCGCUGCACAACAAGACGGCGCGUCUCUUCGUGCUGCUCUACGUCGCCAGCAUUGGCAUCCUGGUGCGCAGCGGCAUGCGCAUCGUCGAGAUGGCGCAGGGCUACGGCGGGCAGCUCUACUCGCACGAGAUCUACACUUUCACACUCGAUGGCCUGCCGCUCAUCGUCGCCGUCGGCGUCUUCGCCAUCUGGUACCACCACCCGCUCGUCCUCGCCACACAAGGCGACGCCGAGCAGCGCGCCGCCGAGCUGGGCCUCAAGCGCGAGCGUGGAGCCUCGCCGUCGUCGCCGACCGAGAUGAGCGAGAGCCGCGCGGCCGUGCGGACGCCGGAGAGCGAAGUGGCUUGAUCUUGAUACCCCUCCUGGACUGGCCUGCGCCACGUGUCCCGUCUCACGGCAUUACAUAGACUACCUCGACCUG